CUGACUCCCUCGAACCGGGUCAGCGGAGGAAGCCGGGCGGCCGCCGCAUCAUCAUCAUCAGCAGCACCUCCUCCUCCCGGACGGACCCGCGUUCCCAGCCCUCGGGGACAUGGAGCCGUGGAAGCAGUGCGCGCAGUGGCUCAUCCACUGCAAGGUGCUGCCCGCCAACCACCGGGUGACCUGGGACUCGGCGCAGGUGUUCGAUCUGGCGCAGACCCUCCGCGACGGGGUGCUGCUCUGCCAGCUCCUGCACAACCUCCGGGCGCAGUCCAUCAACCUGAAGGAAAUCAACCUGAGGCCUCAGAUGUCCCAGUUUCUUUGCUUGAAGAACAUCCGGACAUUUCUGGCAGCCUGUUGUGAGACAUUUGGAAUGAGAAAAAGUGAACUCUUUGAGGCAUUUGACCUGUUUGAUGUUCGUGACUUUGGGAAGGUUAUAGAGACCUUAUCUCGACUUUCCCGCACACCUAUAGCGUUGGCCACAGGAAUCAGGCCCUUCCCGACAGAGGAAAGUGUCAACGAUGAAGACAUCUACAAAGGACUUCCUGACUUAAUAGACGAGGCGCGCGCGGGCGACGACGAGGACCUCUACGACCGCGUCUACGCCGAGGACGAGGGCGGCGAGGUCUACGCGGACCUGAUGAAGGCGGAGGACGCGCAGCAGCCGAAAUCUCUAGAAAACGAUAUACGGACUUGUUGCUUAGCGGAAAUCAAGCAGACAGAAGAAAAGUACACGGAAACUUUGGAGUCCAUAGAAAAGUAUUUCAUGGCGCCAUUAAAAAGAUUUCUGACACCAACAGAAUUUGAUUCAGUAUUCAUCAACAUUCCUGAACUUGUAAAAGUUCAUCGGAGCUUAAUGCAAGAAAUUCAUGAUUCCAUUGUAAAUAAAAAUGACCAGAACUUGUAUCAAGUUUUCAUUAACUACAAGGAAAGAUUGGUUAUUUAUGGGCAGUACUGCAGUGGAGUGGAGUCGGCCAUCUCUAACUUAGACUAUAUUUCUAAGACAAAAGAAGAUGUUAAGCUGAAAUUAGAGGAAUGUUCGAAAAGAGCAAAUAAUGGGAAAUUUACUCUCCGGGAUUUGCUUGUGGUUCCCAUGCAGCGCGUGUUGAAAUAUCACCUCCUACUCCAGGAACUGGUUAAGCAUACCCCUGAUCCUACUGAGAAGGCAAACUUGAAACUGGCUCUUGACGCAAUGAAGGACUUGGCACAAUAUGUGAACGAAGUGAAAAGAGAUAAUGAGACCCUUCGUGAAAUUAAACAGUUUCAGCUAUCUAUAGAAAAUUUGAACCAACCAGUUUUGCUCUUUGGACGACCUCAGGGAGAUGGUGAAAUUCGGAUAACCACUCUAGACAAACACGCCAAACAAGAAAGGCACAUCUUUUUAUUCGACUUGGCAGUGAUCGUGUGCAAAAGGAAAGGCGACAACUAUGAGAUGAAGGACGUCAUCGACCUCCAGCAGUACAAGAUAGCCAACAACCCGACCACCGACAAAGAAAGCAAAAAGUGGUCUUAUGGCUUCUAUCUCAUCCACAUCCAAGGACAGAAUGGGUUAGAAUUUUACUGCAAAACAAAAGAUUUAAAGAAAAAAUGGCUGGAACAAUUUGAAAUGGCUCUAUCCAACAUCAGGCCAGACUACGCAGACUCCAACUGCCACGACUUCAGGAUGCACACGUUCACGCGCGUGACGUCCUGCCGGGUCUGCCAGAUGCUCCUCAGGGGAACAUUUUAUCAAGGCUAUUUAUGUUUUAAAUGUGGAGCCAAAGCACACAAAGAAUGUUUGGGACGAGUAGACAACUGUGGCAGAGCUAAUUCUGGUGAACAAGGGCCGUUCAAACCAGCAGAGAAACGGACCAAUGGACUCCGAAGAGUUCCCAAACCAGUGGAUCCAGGUUUGCCGAAGAUGCAGGUCAUCAGGAACUACACUGGAACCCCACCCCCGGCUCUUCACGACGGACCCCCAUUGCAUAUCCAGGCUGGCGAUACAGUUGAACUUCUAAGAGGAGAUGCACACAGUGUGUUUUGGCAGGGUCGCAAUUUAGCUUCAGGAGAAGUUGGAUUUUUUCCAAGUGAUGCUGUCAAACCUUCCCCAUGUGUACCCAAACCAGUAGAUUAUUCUUGCCAACCCUGGUAUGCUGGGGCAAUGGAGAGACUGCAGGCAGAGACUGAACUUAUUAACAGGGUAAAUAGUACUUACCUUGUGAGGCACAGGACCAAAGAGUCAGGAGAGUACGCAAUUAGCAUCAAGUACAAUAAUGAAGCAAAGCACAUCAAGAUUUUAACAAGAGAUGGCUUUUUCCACAUUGCCGAAAAUAGAAAAUUUAAAAGUUUGAUGGAGCUCGUGGAGUACUACAAACACCAUUCAUUGAAAGAAGGGUUCCGAACUUUAGACACGACCCUACAGUUUCCAUACAAGGAGCCUGAGCAUCCAGCCGGACAGAGGGGCAAUCGGGCAGGCAGCAGCUUGUUAAGUCCCAAAGUGCUGGGCAUCGCCAUCGCUCGGUACGACUUCUGUGCCAGGGACAUGAGAGAGCUGUCUUUGCUGAAAGGGGACGUGGUGAAGAUUUACACCAAGAUGAGUGCAAAUGGCUGGUGGAGAGGAGAAGUCAACGGCAGGGUGGGCUGGUUUCCAUCCACGUACGUGGAAGAGGAUGAGUGAAUUCCCAUCCGGCGUGGCGUGGCACACGGAAAUCUCAGAGAAGGGAUCCCUGGAAGCACACGCAGCGUUCUGAGUUAACUGAGGUGUUUAGAAAGCUCCACUUCUGCAUGGCCAACAUCCUCCCUCUGUUUCUCCUCCUGAGUCUUAAUGCUUGGAUUUCUAAAGAUGCCGGUGCUGACAGAUUAAUGGUGGUGCAAGAAACAGCCUGCCAGUCUGUCAUUGUCAGGGACCAGGGCAAAGCCGAAAGCUCUUCUUGCCAGAAGAGCCCUGCACACACGUUGGCUCAGGUCUCUACGCCACCGAAACAGACGCCAUAAAUGUCAGCCACUGGUAGAUGCUUCAUGCUUACUUAGUUGGUCCUCACAUGCUGUUCCCCACAACUUCUGAUGGUACAAAGAAAGGAAACAGAAGUUGAGUUUUGCUUUCCUCAGCACGAAGAGAGAUUCGAGUUCUGCCAUCUGGAAGGGAUCCAGCGUUUCUUGUCUUAAAUUGCUCAACAGGUGACUCAUUGCCUGGCAACACUUUCAUCCCCAGAUGUUGCUCAUGAUAAAAUACAAGAGGCAAAUGCUCAGGUUUGCAUCCUACGUGAUAGACUAUGGAAGGGUUUCAAUUAUUCAUUUGAUGUCCCGAUUAUAUUUGCACUCUUUUUUAUCAAAAGGUAAAAGGAAAGUACAGGAAAGCGUGUCUUCAUAUUAAGUCUUCCCAAGCAUCAUGAGUUCAUAGAGUUAUUCCGGAACUGCAGUACUUGACUUGGCAUCGUUGUCUUAGCUGGGCAUAUCAGGCUUCCUUGCCAGUAACCUGAGUUAAGAUGGUGUUGUUUACAGAAGUAGAUCAAGGGCUAUAGUCUCCAAUAAGUCAUUUCACAGCAGCAAUAUCAAUUAACAUGUCUUUCCCUCUUCCUCCCUUAGAAAGACCCCAGGGCACUUUUGCUGAUCCUCACAUUUUCUUGGACUAUCUAUUGUAGCACAAACACAACGCUUUGUUGGGGAUUUGGGAAGGAAAGCACAUGGAGCCAUGUGUGCAUUUCUGCCACAGAGGAGGGUUCUGUGGAUUUCAGUGGGCUUCUGGCUUCUCUCAGCCUUUCCUUCUGCAGGAGAUGCUGGGUGUACCUUAACCCAUGGGAAGAUGUCUUUUACAGUGUUAGUCCAUUCACAGACCUUCACUUGGUUCUAUGAGGAGUCUGCAUGUCUUCUUCCUGGGGUGCAUGAAUUCCUCCAUCCGGGCAGUGAAGACAAGACACUAACUUGGCCCUGCCAUGAACUCUCAUCCUCCAGAGAGUGUUUUGUGUUUGGGAGAAGAAAACAAUUAGAAGCACUCACAUCACAGGCCUGAACUAGGAGCAUCCAGUUCUGAAAUGAAGGAGCUGUGACCUCCCCUCUUCUCAGUGGACACAUCCCCCAGUUAGAGACCCCAAGGGGUUACAGCUUCUCAUCUAGAUAGACUCAAGACCUUUACCUCAGAAUUAUGUAAACUGUGAUUGUGUUUUAGAACCAUUAUCAUUUGCUAAAACCAUUUAGUUUUUGUAUAUGUGUAAAUGGUCAUGAAAACGUAUUUUAUAACAUGUUCUGUACAGUAAGCUUGCAUCGGCAAGGUGUACUCUUGGAGCGGAUCUGUUUCCAUAAAGUCUUAUUUGCGAUCCUGUCUUGGGAAUGUUUUGUCUGUUACUGUCAGCCAAAUGUUGCUAUGGAGAGCGCAACUUCCCACACAUUGAAACGUUCCUGUGUACAGUAUCGGAGCACGCGUCGUUUACUUCAAUAAAUACCCUUCCCCGCCGUACAAGUGGUGUGUGGUCUUCCUGUUGCAUUUCACUGGUCUGAGGGUUUUGUAGCAGAGGAUAUUAGAACCCUUUUUCAUGACAUUACCAGUUGCAUCUUUGUCUACACUCGAUAAUUUGUAUUGAAAAUUUUAAAUGCUGCAGAUCUGUGUAGAUUUCUAAUACCAAAGACUGAAGUAAAAUGUUCCUUGUGUGUCUCAGCUAUCGGCAGCCCCUGUGUCAUAUGAUGAAUUAGAGUGGUAUUUUCCAUUGUAAUAUUUUGUAAAUAUGUCAAUAAAUAGUUGCUACUUACAUUAA